UCACACGUUGGCACCAUAGAGGACGUAAAGCACUCCCAUCGCGUGUCGGUCGUAAGUCAGUGCAAUUUUUGCGAAUAAAAAAUAAAUUACAGUAAAAAUUGAUACAAAAUACAAAUAUAUAUAAAUAAACAAAUAGAAAAAAUCGUGCUAGUUUUGGUGUUUUGAUUUUCAUCGUUUUGAUAUCCUAGUGCUACCGCUUUUCCGCUCGCAACGUGCUAUGUAUGUGUGCCCCCACAAUUUCCGUGGCCGCAACGUGCUCGACGCCAAAACUCACAAUGACGCAAUCUAGUUAGGGGGAGCGCAUUGCUCCUUCGGUGAAAGCUCAUACGUGCGACUUUUGGCUCAUGGAUGAAGGAACCUCAACCGAAACAGACGAAGCCUUUAGAAGUUGUCGAGAAGGCUAUGGAAAAGAAUCGGAUCUUGCAAGAGAAGGCAUACGAUUAGUCUUAAAUAAUAAAUUUGAGGAGGCGCAAUCCCUUUUUAAAAAUCAUGCUCAGUCCCUUCAGAUGGAAGCUGCAUUCUGCUUUGUCUCCUUAAUCAAUGCGUUAAUGACAUUUGAGGAUGACAAACUUAGAGAUACUUUACGUGCAUUUCAAGAAUUGGAGUCCAAAUGCUCUCAAGACAACAGCUGGUUCGAGAGCAUCAAGAGCAAAGUUUUCGGCGUUGAUAGUUCUACAGCGCUGAAACAAUUGGAGGAGCAGAUAAUAUCGGCAGAUGCUCAAGUCUUCAUAGCAUUACUCAACUUCCUUCAGCAAGAUAUAUCAAGCUUCAUGAAAGGGAUUUGGGUGCUACGCAAAGCUUGGAGAAUAUAUCAAACGUGCUAUAAUCAGAUAUUCAAACUCCAGAGCGCUGGAGCGUUAUCGACUAGGUUCACAGAUUCGACAUGGGAAGAGAUGUGCAUCUCCAGAAGCCAGUCCGUCCAAACCACACUUGGAGAUCCGCAAGGUCGGAAAAAAAGUUGUUCCUUCUCAGGGAGCGAGGCGGGCACACCGUGCACGAGCGUGGACCCCGCCCAAGGAUACUCGUCUAAUUUUAAAAAUCGAUUCUAUAGCUUAUUUUCAUUAACCUCCGAAACUCUAACACAUGUUCCGUCAAUCGACUCAGACGAAUAUUCGAGACUGAUGGCGGCCGUAAGUUUUGGAUAUGGUACUUUUCAGUUAUGUUUGUCUCUACUACCAGCGUCCGUCCUAAAAGUGAUACAUUUUCUUGGCUUCAGCAGCGAUCGGAGGAAAGGAAUAGAAGCACUCUUGUAUUCUAAAAACAGUGAUGACAUGCGAGCACCUCUGGCGGUAUUGACAUUGCUCUGGUUUUAUACCAUCAUUCAACCGAUAUUUGAGUUGGACGGUAACGUGAGCACUCAAAAUAUCCAAGCAGCUGAGACCUUACUGCUAGACGCGGAGGAGGAAUUCAAAGGAGCUGCCUUGUUCCUUUUUUUCAAAGGCAGGAUUCAAAGACUAAAGAAAAAUAUAUCAAAAGCAAUUUUGGCAUACCAAGCAGCGAUUGACAGCUCUCCGCAACGAGAAGUGAAACUUUUGUGCCUUCACGAAGUGGGAUGGUGUUACUUGAUGGAGUUGGAUUGGAGUAAUGCCUAUUACGUGUUCAAUUAUCUUUACCUUCAGAGUAGAUGGUCGAAAAUUUUUUAUUUGUACCUAACAGCAAUAUCAGCAGGUGCUGACGGGUUCCACGACAAAGCCUCAAAAAUUCAGGCUGAUAUCAAGCGAAACCACCGCCCUAGCACACACAGUCCAUCUUCAUCAAAAGAGCAGCUUGAGGAGUUUGUAUGGAAGAGAUCCAAUAAAAUGGAACCAAAAAAUAGAUUUUGCAAUAAUUUACUGAUCUAUGAGAUGCUGUACUUGUGGAACACCCUGGCACCAUGCUCUACUAUAGGCAAAAUUAUUGAAGACUGCUCGGAAUCGAGAGAUCAGGAGCCUAUGGUAGGGCUUCGACUUUUAGUUCUUGGAGCAGCACUAAACAGCCGUGGUAAAAGUUCCGAAGCAGUGCAAAGCUUUAAAGAGGUAUUAACUCUUCGUCAGAGUCUUCCAAAAACUGCCGACGAUGCACACAUCUCUGCCUUUGCCUUGUAUGAACUCAGCAUGAUACUUUUAAGGGAGGAAUCGACAAGAGCCGAGGGCAAAUUUCAACUCCAGGAGCUACAAUCCAGUUACAAAAACUACGAUUUUGAAAGUCGGCUCAGCAUGAAGAUUCAAGCUGCUUUGAAUUCUUUGAAAAGAUUCUAAGACUUAUGAGAAGUCAAAACAUUCUCUUGUAAGGAAAGUUACAGUUCCAGAGUUUAUGAAUCAAAGCAAAGAUGCCUGUAGUCAUCAUUUUGUUACCUAAAAGUUCUUGGCUCUGGAUAUUUCAGAACAAUUGAGCAACUCGCCAUGAAAAGAGCUGUGAUGCACUUAUACUACUUCUUCUUGAGCCAUCUUUAGGUUUAGCCCAACGAUUACGAAAACUGACGAGAGUGGUUACCUCUAGGUUUGUGACUAUGUAAAAUGAGGAAUAGAAAAAACACUUAAAAAAUUAGAAGGCAUGCUGCUUAUAUUUGAGUUAAUGUCAACCGAAAAUCUCCACCUUUCAAACACUUGACGAGGUACUUGUUGGUUGGAUUUCCAGUGCGUUACCAUUAAAUACACUUUUAGACUUGGCAUGGGUCCUCUCCCCUAGGAGUCGCUUCGAAAACUUAAGGGAACCCAAAAACUUCAAAGUUUAAAGUAUCCCAUGUUUUGUGAAGGACCAGACGCAAAAGCAUGGGUUCAAAAUAUACAUCGCAUGAACAAGUGUGUUUAUGUGCAUGAAAAAAAGUACAUCCAAAAAAGUAAGGUACACACUGUGAUGAAUUACAACAUGAUAACUGGAAUCUCAAAUUUUAUGAUAUAUGUCACUUAACUCUUUCAUUCAAGGUACCCUUUACGUACAAAUCACGUGGGUAACUAAUGUCUCUAGUCUUUUCCUCUCAAAUACAUUUCAUAUUUGUCUAUCAUACUGAAAUUAAAAUAUACAAUACAGAAAAUAUAGGAUACCGAUAGUAGUCAACGGCUAAAUAAUUCAAGAAUUUGGUUAAAAUUUAAAUCUCCUGAGGGGAGACAAAUAUUAGCCCCCAUUCAUAGAGUUGCCUCAUUACUUAUCGACUAUCUCGAAAUGCCCAUUUUUAGGUAUUAAUGUUCCUUUCAGUUUUUUACUUGUCAAAUUGGUUUGAACAAGAAAAGCUUUACACUCAGUCCACUAUUUCCAUCCAUAUUCUUUUUAUUUUUGAGAAGCACUGAUUGGCUAAUCGUUGUUCAGAUAAAUCCUUUAUUUUGUUAUCUAAUGUUAAAACUGAAGUUAGACUGAUUUUCUGAAUUGUUUUAUAGAGCACUUUGUAGUUCAAAUUUUAUAGUAUAUUUUAUUAUUGAAUAAAGCAAUAUUUCUAAAUUA